CUCACGGCGACUGUAUAGGACAGAAUAGAACUGCCCCAUAGGUUUUCCAAUUUGUCAUAUGUUUCUCCCACUAGAUUCAGAUUAUGCAUUUUUGGUGAGAAUAUCACAGAAGUGGUGCUGUGUUGUUUUCAUUGUAGUUCUGAUUGGAGCACUGGAUUUUGAUUUGCCCCAUUAGUGAUGAUGUUCACUUCGAUCACCUGAGCAAGGUGGUGUCUGCCAGGCUUUUCCUCUGCAGUUAUUUUUUUCCAUUGUAAUUAAUACUUUGGUGAAGAGGUGCUUUGAAACUAUGUAAAUAUCCAUUCAUCAUCACACUUACGAUUUAUUCAUUCCUCUGUAAGGAUUUAGGGUUUUCUUUUUUAUUCAGUGGAUUAUACUCUGUUGCUAUCACUGGGUAGUCACUAGGUAGAGUUUUCCCCCAACUCCUGGCUUCAUGCAGAGAACGUAGUCUGGCCCUGUCCAAUGUUGAAACUUCUACAAGUUUGCAGCCAGUAAUUUCCAUCUUCCUUGCUAGCUUUCAAACCCGAGGCCUGAAGGUUGCUGUCUAGUUAUUUACCUCUGUGGACUGCCACUCUUUAGUUCCCACUCAUUGCAUUGUUUCGGUUCCUUCUUGGUUUUGGCAUAUGUAUAUUUCCCUUUUUUGCUUUUUGGACUUGACAUUUGGUUGUUUAAGCUCUUAGUCUCAUUGAAUCUAGAAUAAUCUUGUUUUUCAUAACUGAAUUUUUGAAGAGUUCAGGUCAAUUACAGGAUAUUUCACAUUCUACACUUCACUAAUUGUUUCCUCAUGAUUAAAUUGAAGUUAAAUAUUUUUGGCAGGAAUACUUUAUAGGUGAUGUUUUAUACUUCUUGUUGCAUCAUAUCAGAAGGUACAUAAUGUCAGCUUGUUCAACUAUUGGUGAAGCUAAGUUUGAUCACUUGGUUAAGGUGUUCAUUGCCAUAUCUCUUUAGGGUAAACACACAUUUUCUCCUUUAUAAUUAGUAAGUCAUCUGUGGUAUGAUACGUUAAGACACUGAAUAUUCUCUUCCACAAUAAUCAUUUACCUAAUAGUAUUAGCACCCAUUGUUUAUAGUUGCUUGAAUCAAUAAUUAAAAUUGAAGUUCAGUACAACUUCUGGAAUGGCUGUUCAUUUAUUCAUUACACAGGUGUUUAUUGAAUAGAUACUAUAUCAGAUUCUGUGCUGAUCACUGGGGAUAUGUGGUGAACACUCUGGUGGAUGCCUUUGUAGUGCCUAUAAUCUGGUGGGAGAAAUUGAUAUUAAUAAAAAAUCACAUCGAAUGCAUGUUUAUAGAUUGUGAUGAAUAUUACAAAGGAAAAGAAUGCAGGGGUGUGAAUGCUUAUAAGGGGAGACAUCACCUUUUCUAGGGGUUCAGGGAAGACUUUCCUGUCAAAGUGAUAUUUGAGUUAAGUGCUGAAAGAUGAAGCAUUAUCUGGGCAAGGAGGGUAUCUUAAGUUAUCUAGUGCUGCUUUAACAGAAAUACCUCAAAUGGAUGGCUUUAACAAAGAGAAAUGUAUUCUCUCACAGUCUGGUAGGCUGCAAGUCCAAAUUCAGGGCAUCAGCUCCAAAGGAAAGCUUUCUUUCUCUGUUGGCACUGGAGGAAGGUCCUCAUCAUCAAUCUUCCCUUGUUCUAGGGGCUUUUCUGUGCAGGAACCAUUGGUCCAAAGGACGUGCUCUGCUCCCAGUGCUGCUUUCUUGGUGGUAUGAGGUUCCCCUGUCUCUCUGCUGGCUUCUUUCUUUUAUAUCUCAAAAGAAAUUGGUUUUAGACAUAAUCUAAUCUUGUAGAUUGAGUUUACCUAACUGCUGCUAAUGCCAUCUCAUCGACAUCAUAGAGAUAAGAUUUACAACACAUAGGGAAAUCACAUCAGAUGACAGAAUGGUGGACAGUUGUGUAAUAUUGGGAAUCAAGACCUAACCAAGUGGACAGAUUUUUUUUUUAGGUUCCAGUAUAAUUUUUUUUUAAUUUUUAUUGUCCUUUAAGUGAAAGUUUACAAAUCAAGUCAGUCAUACAAAAAUUUAUAUACAGCUCGCUGUAUACUCGUAGUUGCUCUCCACCUAAUGAGACAGCACACUCCUUCUCUCCACUCUCUAUUAUCCGUGUCCAUUCAGCUUCUGACCCCCUCUGCCUUCUCAUCUCUGCUCCAGACAGGAGCUGCCCACAUAGUCUCAUGUGUCUUCUUGAUCCAAGAAGCUUACUCCUCACCAGUAUUGUUUUCUAUCCUAUAGUCAAGUCAAUCUCUGUCUGAAGAGUUGGCUUUGGGAAUGGUUCUUGUCUUGGGCUAACAGAAGGUGUGGGGACCAUAACCUCUGGGGUCCUUCUAAUCUCAGACCAUUAAGUCUGGUCUUAAAAUAGUGGUCUCAUGCAAUAUUUGUCCUUUUGCAACUGACUAAUUUCACUCAGCAUAAUGCCUUCCAGAUUCCUUCAUGUUAUGAAAUGUUUCAUGGCUUCAUCAUUGUUCUUUAUCAAUGUGUAGUAUUCUAUUGUGUGAAUAUACCAUAAUUUAUUUAUCCAUUCAUCCGUUGAUGGGCACCUUGGUUGCUCCCAUCUUUUUGCUAUGGUAAACAGUGCUGCAGCAAACAUGGGUGUGCAUAUAUCUGUUCGUGUAAAGGCUCUUAAUCCUCUGGGAUAUAUUCCAAGGAGUGGGAUUCUGGAUCGUAUGGUAGUUCUAUUUCUAGCUUUUUAAGGAAGCACCAGAUCGAUUUCCAAAGUGGCUGUACCAUUUGACAUUCCCACCAGCAGUGUAGAAGUAGUCAUGUGGUACUUUAUGAUAUAUCUCUUCUGUUGCCUUCUUAAAAUUAUUUAUUACUAUUUAACUUUUUAUAUUUAGCAUUAUCAUUAAUUAAAUUAUAAGCUUCUUGAUGUUGGGGAUGAUGUCUGAGACUCGAUUAUCACAGAACCCUGUGUGGAGUAGAUGUACAAUAAAUACUUUGAUUUGAUUGUUUAUUUACUACUUUUUUAUGUUGUUGUUGUUAGGUGCCAUCGAGUUGGUUCUGAUUCAUAGCAACCCUGUGCAAAAGAAACCGAAACACUGCUGGUCCUGCUCCGUCCUUACUAUUUUUGCUAUGCUUGAGCCCAUUGUUGCAGCCACUGUGUUAGUCCAUCUCACUGAGGGUCGUCCUCUUUUUUACUAACCAUCUGCUUUACCAAGCAUGAUGUCCUUCUCCAGGGACUGACCCCUCCUAAUACCAUGUCCAAAGUAUGUGAGACAUAGUCUCACCAUCCUUGUUUUUACGGAGCAUCCUGGUUGUUCUUCUUCCAAGACAGAUUUGGUCCUUCUUUUGGCAGUCCAUGAUAUAUUCGAUAUUCUUCACUAACACCAUAAUUCAAAGGUGUCAAUUCUUCUUCGGUCGUCCUUGUUCAUUGUCCAGAUUUCACAUGCAUAUGAGGCGUUUGAAAACGCCAUGGCUUGGUCAGGUGCACCCUGUCCUCCAGGUGACAUCUUUGCUUUUCAACACUUUAAAGAGGUCUUUUGCAGUCGAUUUGCCCAAUGCAGUGGGUCUUUUAAUCUCUCAACUUCUGCUUCCGUGGGUGCUGAUUGUGAAUCCAAGUAAAAUGAAAUCCUUGACAACCUCAAUCUUUUCUGCAUUUGUCAUGAUGUUGCUUAAUGGUCCUGUUUUGAGGAUUUUUGUUUUAUUUAUGUUGAGGUGUAAUUCAUACUAAAGGCUGUGGUCUUUGAUCUUUAUCUGUAAGUGCUUCAAGUCCUCUUCACUUUCAGCAAGCAGGGUUGUGUCAUCUGCAUAAUGUAGGUUGUUAAUAAGUCUUCCUUCAAUCCUGAUGCUCCAUUCUUCUUUAUGUAGUCCAUCUUCUUGGAUUAUUUGCUCAGUUUACAGAUUGAAUAGGUAUGGUCAAAGGAUACAACCUUGAUGCAUAUAUUUCCUGACUUUAAACUGUGCAGUAUCCCCUUGUUCUGUUCGAAUGACUGCCUCUUGAUCCAUGUACAGAUUCCUCAUGAGCACAAUUAAGUGUUCUGGAAUUCCCAUUCUCUGCAGUGUUAUCCAUAAUUUGUUAUGAUGCACACAGUCGAAUGCCUUAGCAUAGUCAAUAAAACACAGGUAAACAUCUUUCUGGUACUCUCUGCUUCUAGCCAGGAUCCAUCUGACAUCAGCAAUGAUAUCCCUUGGUUCCAUGUCCUCUUCUAAAUCCAGCUUGAAUUUCUGGCAGUUCCCUGUUGAUACACUGCUGCAGCCACUUUUGAAUGAUCUUCAGCAAAAAUUUUGCUUACAUGUGAUAUUAAUGAUAUUGUGCAAUAAUAUCCACAUUCUGUUGGAUCAGUUUUCUUGGGAAUAGGCAUAAAUAUGGAUCUCUUCCAGUUAGCUGGCCAUGUAGCUAUCUUCCAAAUUUCUUGUCAUAGACGACUAAGCACUUCCAGUGCUGCAUCUGUUUGUUGAAACAUCUCAACUGGUAUUCCAUCAAUUCCCAGAGCCUUGGUUUUUGCCAGUGCCUUCGGUGCAGCCUGAAGCUUGAACUUCUUCCUUUGGUACCAUCGUUUCCUGAAAUGGUUGAACGUCGAUGGAUUCUUUUGGUGUAGUUACUCUCUAUAUUCCUUCCGUUUUCUUUGUAUGCUUCCUGCAUCAUUUAAUUUUUCCCCCAUAGAAUCCUUCAGUAUUGCAACUCAAAGCUUGAAUUUUUUCUUCAGUUCUUUGAGCUUGAGAAAUGCUGAGCUUUUCUUCCAUUUUGAUUUUCUAUCUCCAGGUCUUUGCACAUGUCAUCCUAACACUUGUCUUCUGGAGCCACCCUUUGAAAUCUUCUGUUCAGCUAUUUUACGUCAUCAUUUUUUCCUUUUGCUUUAGCUACUCAGUGUUCAAGCUUCAGCCUCUUCUGACAUACAGUUAGGUCUUUUCUUUCGCUCCUGUCUGUUUAAUGACCUCUUGCUUUCUUCAUGUAUGAUGUCCUUAGUGUCAUUUCACAACUCAUCUGGUUUUUUGGUCAUUAGUUGUCAGUGCAUCAAAUCUGUUUUUGAGAUGGUCUUUAAAUUCAGGUAGGGUAUACUGAAGGUAGUACUUUGGCUCUCAUGGACUUGUUCUAAUUUUCUUCAAUUUCAACCUGAACUUGCAUAUGAGUCAUUGAUGGUCUGAUCUGCAGUCAGCCCCUGGCCUUGUUCUGAUUGAUGAUAUUGAGCUUUUCCAUCGUCUCUUUCCACAGAUGUAGUUGAUUUGAUUCCUGUGUAUUUCAUCUAGUGAGGUCCAUGUGUCGUCACCGUUUAUGUUGUUGAAAAAAGGUAUUUGCAAUGAAGAAGUCGUUGGUCUUGCAAAAUUCAAUCAUGUGAUCUCCAGCAUCGCUUCUGUCACUAAGGCCAUAUUUUCCAAAUACCGAUCCUUCUUCUUUGUUUCCAACUUUCAUCGUCCAAUCACCAGUAGUUAUCAGUGUUUCCUGAUUGCAUGUUCAAUCAAUUUCAGACUGUAGAAGUUGGUAAAAAUCUUCAAUUUCUUAAUCUUUGGCCUUAGUGCUUGGUGCGUAAAUUUGAAUAAUAGUUAUAUUAACUGGUCUUCUUGUAGGCAAAUGGAUAUUAUUAUCCUAUCGCUGACAGCAUUGUACUUCAGGAUAGAUCUUGAAAUGUUCUUUUUGACGAUGAAUGCAAUGCCAUUCCUCUUCAAUUUGUCAUUUUUGGCAUAGUAGAUCAUAAGAUUGUCUGUUUCAAAAUGACCAAUACCAGUCCAUUUCAGCUCACUAAUGCCUAGGAUAUCGAUGUAAUAGGCUCCAUUUCAUUUUUAACAAUUUCCAAUUUUCGUAGAUUCAUACUUUGUACGUUCCAGCUUCCGAUUAUUAAUGGAUGUUUGCAGCUAUUUCUUCUCAUUUUUAGUCAUGCCACAUCAGCAAAUGAAGGUUCCAAGAGCUUGACUCUAUCCACAUCAUUAAGGUUGCCUUGACUUUGAGGGCACAGCUCUUCCCCAGUCAUCUUUUGAGUGCCUUUCAACCUGAGGGGCUUAUGCUCUGGCACUGUAUCACGCAGUGUCUUGCUGCUGUUCUUAAGGUUUUCACUGGCUAAUUCUUUUUAGAAGUAGACCGCCGGGUCCUUCUUCUUAGUUUGUCUUAGUCUGGAAGCUCAGCUGAAACCUGUCCACCAUGGGUGACUCUGGUGGUAUUUGAAUACUAGUGGUGUAACUUCCAGCAUGACAGCAAGACACAAACCCCCACGGUACGACAAACGGACAGACACGUGGGGGAAUUUAUGUAUAAUAAUUGUAUGUACUUCCGUUAUACGUACACACAUACGUGUGUGUGUAUAUAUGUUUUAUGUAUAGACCCUAAAAUGCUAUUAAAUAUUGUAGGUGUAUUAAAUGUGCCUAAUGGUGUGUUGUGAAACAUUUCAUUUGAUUUUAACAUUAGACAGUUUAAAUAUGUAGUUUUCAUCAAAAUAAACUAUGUGAAAAUUAUUUUGAAAUAUAAAUUGUUAGACAAAGUGAAUAGAUUAAAAAAAACCUUUUAUAAUGUAGACUAUUUGUCUACCUAACUUUAAGUAAUUAAGAGAAGCCAAACAAUAAAUAAAAGUGGAUUAAAUUAAUAUCGGGUAAGGGGGGUAUUUCGAUUACUUGAAUAAAUCAGUUAAAUUUUCUGAGCUUUCUUAUUUGUAAAAUGAAAGAAAUUAUAUAAACACUUUUAUAUGCCUCAGAAGAAGAAACGUUGUGUUUAUAAGUCAAAGAAAAUUCACCAUUUUCUGUAUUUGACUUAAAAGUUUAUAAUGGCAGAAUAUAACAUUUUUAUUUUUCCCUGUCUUCAUUUUCUUUACUCAGACUUUUCGGGGAGUUGUAAUUGGACUUCCCCUCCCAUCUGCCUCCAGAUAUGCCAAUAAGAAAUCAAGCAUAAUUUCAGUCUGAAAAGAAAAUUUUGAGAAAUCAAGGAGGAUAAACAUAGAGGUUUAAACAAGUCUCUUGAGUGGUGUUUCCUCACUGAUGGAGAAUUACUUCCAAGCAGAAGCUUACAACCUGGACAAGGUGUUAGAUGAAUUUGAACAAAACGAAGAUGAAACAGUUUCUCCUGCUUUAUUGGAUACAAAGUGGAAUAAGAUUCUAGAUCCCCCUUCUCACCAACUGUCAUUUAACCCUGCAUUGGCCAGUGUGAAUGAACCCGCGGUUUCUAAUGAGUCACAGCCACAACUGAAAGUCUUCUCCCUGGCUCACUCAGAUCCUCUGCCCACAGAGGGAGAGGACCAUUGUGCUAAUGGACAGGACAGUAGUCUAAAUGCAGAGAUUGCCACAAUGUGGAUUGAUGAAAAUGCUGUGGCAGAAGAUAAACUUAUUAAGAAAAACCGUAACCGAGAUGAUCAGUGCAGUGCUGUUGAAGGGGGAGAGAAGAAGUGUGGAAACCUAGCUUGUCCGCCAGAUGAGAAGAACGUUCUUGUUGUAGCCGUCAUGCAUAACUGUGAUAAAAGGACAUUACAAAGUGAUUUACAGGAUUGUAACAAUUAUAAUAAUCACUCGCUCAUGGAUGCUUUUAGCUGUUCACUGGAUAACGAAAGCAGUCAAACUGAUCAAUUUAGUUUUAGUAUAAAUGGGUCUGCUGAAAAAGAUGUUAACACAGAGAAACAAAUGGAUCCAUUGACUAGACCAAGUACAGAAGGAAAUUCUGUUAACCGUCUACGUACAACUUCAUCUGAUAGUCUAGCCAGCGUCUGUUCCCCUUCACAGUUAAAGAAUGAUGAAAACAUAGCUAGGGGCCCCUCCAUGUGUACGGUUAAAAGUUUAACAAUCGAUUCAGUGAUCUCAUCACAUGGAACAGAUGAAAGCCCUGCUGUUAAAAAGCAAGAGAAUUAUACACCAGAUGAUGUUCUCACUGGCAAAACCAGCUCUUCUAGGACAGAUGUAGGUAGUCCAAACUCCUUUUCCCACUUGAGUGAGGGGAUUUUGAUGAAAAAGGAGUCAAUAGAGGAGAGAACAACAGAAGAAUUCCUCCGACCUGGUUUACCUUUGCUUCUCAGUCCAGACAUGCCUAAUGGAUCUGGAAGUGAUGAUAAUUGUGAACAGUUUUCAGAUUGCCUUGUGCCCAGAGAAGUUAACCUUAAGGCUGAUGAAAAUGAAGGUUGUAGACAUGAAGAAGUUCUUGACACUACAGAAUUUCUUAAUAUGAGAGAGCAUUUCUCUGAGUCUCAGGAGAUGACUAAUUGGAAAUUGACUAAACUAAAUGAGAUGAAUAACAACCAAGUAAAUGAAGAAAAGGAGUUUCUGCCAGUGAGUCACCCUGAGGACACGUGUGAUAAUGGAGGAGAGUGUGAUGGAAUAGCAGAUUUAAAAGGAACUUGCAUGAAUGAAAGUGAAGGAUGUGAUUUCUCCACUGUUAAGGAUACACCAGCAGCAAAUUCUCUAUCUAAUGGUUGUGAUUCCUGUGGAAUGCAGAGCCCAGUUGUUGCUUUUGUUCCAAAGACUUUACCCUCCAAAGAAGAUUCAGUAACAGAAGAGAAGGAAAUAGAGGAGAGCAAGUUGGAAUGCUACUCAAAUAUUUAUGAACAGAGAGGAAAUGAGGCCACAGAAGGGAGUGGACUACUUUUAAACAGCACUGGUGACCUAAUGAAGAAAAACUAUUUACACAAUUUCUGUAGUCAGGUUCCAUCAGUGCUUGCGCAAUCUUCCCCAAAGAUGGUAGGGAACCUGCAGUCUAUCAGUGCACCUUUUGGCGGUGCAAGACCCAAGCAACCUUCUAAUCUUAAGCUUCAAAUUCCUAAGCCAUUAUCAGACCAUUUACAAAAUGACCUUCCUUCAAACAGUGGAAAUAAUAUUAAAAACAAAAAUGAUAUUCUUGGGAAAGAAAAAUUAGGGGAAAACUCAGCAACCAAUGUAUGCAAUGCCUCUUUGGGAAACAUCUCUGUUGCUGAUACAAAUGGGGAACAUUUAGAAAGUUAUGAGGCUGGAAUCUCUAGUAGACCGUGCCUUGCAUUAGCUCCAGAUAGCCCAGAUAAUGAUCUCAGAGCUGGCCAGUUUGGAGUCUCUGCCAGAAAGCCAUUUACCACUCUAGGUGAGGUGGCCCCAGUAUGGGUACCGGAUUCUCAGGCUCCAAAUUGCAUGAAAUGUGAAGCCAAGUUUACAUUCACCAAAAGGAGGCAUCACUGCAGAGCAUGUGGGAAGGUCUUCUGCGCUUCCUGCUGUAGCCUGAAAUGUAAGCUGUUAUACAUGGACAGAAAGGAGGCUAGAGUGUGUGUAAUCUGCCAUUCAGUGCUAAUGAAUGCUCAAGCCUGGGAGAACAUGAUGAGUGCCUCAAGCCAGAGCCCUAACCCUAACAAUCCUGCUGAGUACUGUUCUACUAUCCCUCCCUUGCAGCAAGCUCAGGCCUCAGGAGCUCUGAGCUCUCCACCUCCCACUGUGAUGGUACCUGUGGGAGUUUUAAAGCACCCUGGAGCAGAAGUGGCUCAGCCCAGAGAGCAGAGGCGAGUUUGGUUUGCUGAUGGGAUCUUGCCCAAUGGAGAAGUUGCUGAUGCGGCCAAAUUAACAAUGAACGGAACUUCCUCUGCAGGAACCCUAGCUGUGUCGCAUGACCCAGUCAAGACAGUAACUACCAGUCCUUUACCAGCAGAGACGGAUAUGUCUCUAUUCUCUGGGAAUAUAACUCAGGUUGGAAGUCCUGUUGGAAGUGCAAUGAACCUUAUUCCUGAAGAUGGCCUUCCUCCCAUUCUCAUCUCUACUGGUGUAAAAGGAGACUAUGCUGUGGAAGAGAGACCAUCACAGAUUUCAGUAAUGCAGCAAUUGGAGGAUGGUGGCCCUGACCCACUUGUGUUUGUUUUAAACGCAAAUUUGUUGUCAAUGGUUAAAAUUGUAAACUAUGUGAACAGAAAGUGCUGGUGUUUCACAACCAAGGGAAUGCAUGCAGUGGGUCAGUCUGAAAUAGUCAUUCUCCUACAGUGUCUACCGGAUGAGAAGUGUUUGCCAAAGGACAUCUUUAAUCACUUUGUGCAGCUUUAUCGGGAUGCCCUAGCAGGGAAUGUUGUGAGCAACUUGGGACAUUCCUUCUUCAGCCAAAGCUUUCUUGGCAGCAAAGAACAUGGUGGGUUCUUGUAUGUGACAUCUACCUAUCAGUCACUGCAAGACCUAGUACUUCCGACUCCACCUUACUUGUUUGGGAUUCUCAUCCAGAAAUGGGAAACUCCUUGGGCUAAAGUGUUUCCCAUCCGACUAAUGUUGAGACUCGGAGCUGAAUAUCGACUUUAUCCAUGCCCACUGUUCAGUGUCAGAUUUCGGAAGCCAUUAUUUGGAGAGACGGGGCAUACCAUCAUGAAUCUUCUUGCAGACUUCAGAAAUUACCAGUACACAUUACCUGUAGUUCAAGGUUUGGUGGUUGAUAUGGAAGUUCGAAAAACCAGCAUCAAAAUUCCCAGCAACAGAUACAAUGAGAUGAUGAAAGCCAUGAACAAGUCCAAUGAGCAUGUCCUGGCAGGAGGUGCCUGCUUCAAUGAGAAGGCAGACUCCCAUCUUGUGUGUGUACAGAAUGAUGACGGAAACUAUCAGACCCAGGCUAUCAGUAUUCACAAUCAGCCUAGAAAGGUGACCGGUGCCAGUUUCUUUGUGUUCAGUGGGGCUCUGAAAUCCUCUUCAGGAUACCUUGCCAAGUCCAGUAUUGUGGAAGAUGGCGUUAUGGUCCAGAUCACUGCCGAGAACAUGGAUUCGCUGAGGCAGGCGCUGCGAGAGAUGAAGGACUUCAGCAUCACCUGUGGGAAGGCAGAUGCAGAGGAUCCCCAGGAGCACAUCCACAUCCAGUGGGUGGAUGACGACAAGAACGUCAACAAGGGUGUCAUAAGUCCUAUCGAUGGGAAGUCCAUGGAGUCUAUAACUAGUGUGAAGAUAUUCCAUGGGUCAGAGUAUAAAGCAAAUGGAAAAGUCAUCAGGUGGACAGAGGUUUUUUUCCUAGAAAAUGAUGACCAGCACAAUUGCCUAAGUGAUCCUGCAGACCAUAGCAGACUUACCGAGCAUGUUGCCAAGGCUUUUUGCCUUGCUCUCUGCCCCCACCUGAAGCUUCUGAAGGAAGAUGGAAUGACUAAGCUGGGACUGCGUGUGACACUUGACUCAGAUCAGGUUGGCUACCAAGCAGGGAGCAAUGGACAGCCCCUUCCCUCGCAGUACAUGAAUGAUCUAGACAGCGCCUUGGUGCCCGUGAUCCAUGGAGGGGCCUGCCAGCUCAGCGAGGGCCCUGUCGUCAUGGAACUCAUCUUUUAUAUUCUGGAAAACAUCGCAUAGACAGAAAGGACUUCAUUUUUUUUCUGUUAAGACCUGUUGCGACAGCAGUCAUACCCAAAUCAUUUGCACUUUAAAACUGGAAGAUUAAGCUUUUGUUAACACUAUUAAUGGGUGGUGG